AUGAGAGCUGAGUUCUGUACCAAAGAUGCUUUGCAAGAGCUAGACCAAGAGUUCGGGGAUUUGAAAAUGGAGGGUUUGGAGAUUGAGAAGUACAUUUUGAGGUUUAAUGAGCUUGCCAGACUUGUACCACACUUGGCUUCCACUGAGGAGAAGAAGAUUGAUCAUAUUAUUUGGGGCUUGAUUCCUGAGAUCCGCCGUGACCUUACCAAUAAAGGCCCUAAGACCAUGUCAAGAGCCACUGUACUGGACAAGACCUUGACCAAAGAUAUUAUCAGAUCAGGAGGGUUGACGGAGAAUGUUGAGAAGGGAAAGAGGAAUGCUGAAGAAGUGGUGGAGAAGAAAGUUGAGCCCCCAAGUAAGAAGGGGAAGAUCUUGAAGAAUUAUGCGGUGACCGCAGUGCCUGAACCAACAAGAUAUUAUGGAGCUUAUCCAAAGUGUACCCGUUGUAACCUUCAUCACACUGGUGCUUGUCCUGUCUGCUAUAAGUGCCAGGGAUUUGGGCACAUGGCUAAGUAUUGUAAUGCUGUCACAGCGAACUUGAUCAGAACCAACCCACCACCAGUCAACAGAAAUCCACUAAUGAGAAAUGCGAGACCUCCACUACCACCUGCUGUACCAAUUCAAAGAAAUCAGAACCAGAUCCAGAAUGCCCAAGUUCAGCGUGUUGCUUAUCCACGCGGGCCAAGGAACCAGAACCAUCAGCAACAGCAAAACCAACAAGGCCCUGCUAACGCUCGUGUUUUUGCUCUGAAUGCUGAGGAAGCUCGUCAGAACCCUCGGGUUGUGACAGGUACUUUUCUUCUGAACGAUCAUUAUGCUUCUGUACUAUUUGACUCCGGUGCUGAACGUAGCUUUGUUGCAUUAGACUUUAAAGCUAAGACUGACAUGAUAACUGGCAAACUAAAUGAUAAGUAUGUGGUAGAGUACGCAAAUGGCCAUAAGUACGGCACUAACGAAAUUGCUCUAGACUAUCCUUUGAUCUUAGUAAACAAGAACUUUAUAAUUGACCUAAUCCCUGUUGAGAUUAGUAGCUUUGACGUUAUCGUGGGAAUGGAUUGGCUAUCCAAACACCGACUAUCUGUUGUCACGAGAAAUUAG